GUCGAGUCCGCGAAGCGCGAGCUGGGGAAGGCGUGCGGUGCGGCUGAGGACCGCGCACUCGGCCGGGAGGCCGCCCUCCGGAAGGGGCCGCCCCUGGGGCUGGCGGGGCCGGGCCUGGGUGCCCGGCUCGCGGGAGAGGCCGAGCGCGCCCUAGGGGUCGUUGGGGAGGGCGUCCUGCGCGCCGGGAGCGGGGGCAGCUGCGGCCCCGGGCGGGCCCCGCGGAGCCGCGGAAAAGCCGUGGAAAUACACCCGGAUCAAAACGCCCCUUACCCUCGUGACCCUACCCCAGGACAAGAAGCCGAGUUACCCGACAUCGUGGUCAGCAGAAGCUGGGUUGGUGGCUGGAUGCUGCAGCUGCAGGGACUCAGCGCCUAGGAGGGCUCCUGUGCAGGGGGAGAGGCAGAGAUGCAACAUUUUUAAAGUUUCACAAAGCAUCCAGCUGCACCCAGGUUCCUGGAGCAGGAGACAAACAGAAUUAAUGUUUUAUACCUUCGGGUAUAGGUUUGAGUUUUUUCCCCCUCAUGCCAAGUAUUUAAAACCUCUAGAAACCCAUGAUUUGACAAUCAAUGAUUGCGCGAUACUUUCAAUUUGAAUAUUCAAAGGCUUAACAAAAUGGACUAUCUUCUGCAGAAAUCCUGCACGCAGGCACCCCACAGAGAGUCCACAGAAACAGGGGCUGAGACCCCUUUGGGGCCUGGCCCUUGCUUUUAUUGUAUUUUGAGCAUUUUGCCCACCUUCCCACAGACAGAGCAGGAGUCCUCAAAGAUGCUCUGUAUUUCUGCCUCAAAGGCAGCUCUGGGAGUCUUGAGUGACUUAGGGUGCCCUUCAUGACCACCUGAGCCAGGCUGGCCGGGCUGACUGAUUUCCAUCUCUUCAGUCUCUGUUUUAAGAGAAAAUCUCAGGUUUUGGGGAGUGAACAUGGCAGCCAGUAGGUCUGGCCUGGCAAGGAGUCACUCUGGGCCCAGAUUGCAGGCUGGAGGCCUGCAGAGGCCUCAGCUCUGCGCCUCAUCUCCUUCUGGCCCCGCCUGGCCACGUGCUGGCUUCCCUCCCCUUUCUUCCGCUCUUUGUCUGUGCCCCAGACACUGGGGUUUCAGUACAGAAUGCCUGCCUGUUAAGACCCUUUGCUCCUCCCCACAGAGCUGGGGAUGCCUGUGGGGCUUCACCUUCUGGAGAGUUUCUGAGGCUGGUGUUUUUUUCACUAUGAAGUUCCCUUUUUUCUCCUCUUUAUCCCUCUAGAGCCAUUCCUGCCUUUUUGCUGCAGGAGCGUGUGUUGAGAGAAAUGAUAAGCUUGGCUUCUGCUCAUUCUAGCUGAAAGGAUAUGGAUUUGUGUCAGGCCUUCACACUUUGGGUGAGAGGUGGGAGGGAUAUGAAGUCAACUGCUUCAUUGGUCCAGGCCUAAGCCCCUCACAAAUGACCAGGGAUUGUGCUGGGUUAAGUUCUCCAACCACUUGCUGUACCUCUUCUGUGUGAUUUGGAAGCUGAGAAGACAGGAGUGGUCCAGAGAGGGAGUGGGUGCCAGGCCAAAUCCUCUCCUGGCCCCCAAGAGAGGGCAGGGUGGGGCUACCUUUCCAGAUAAGCCAAGACAUUUCCAUGUUGCCAGGACAGGCAAUGGUUAUAGGCCUCUGUUCUUUGUUCUCUGAAUUCUCUGAAAUGCAAGAGGUGGAGUUGAGCCCCUCGGGCCACCAGAAAAAUACCCGAAUGCCCUGGAAUGUGUUGGAUGCAGGAAGGAGCACACAGAAAUGGAAGAAAGGGGCUCUAAGAGUGACAAGACACCAGGGUCUGUGAUGGAUCAGAGUUGCUUGGCAACUGAAGUUGUGUCUCUGGGGGAGGGAAUUAGGGCUGGGAACACUUGAGAUGGCACCUGGCAGUAGGUGUGGUGUGUGUUUGUCCCCAGCCCAGCUGGAAUCUGUCAGCUUCUGGAGCCUCUUUCUCCAAAGGCACUGAGCCUGUGUCCUGAGUUUCCCUGAUGUACUCAGGACCAGACUCAUGAGGAGGCGAAGGACACUGGGAGUUCAGAGAGCCCCUAUUUCUUUCUCCCUGUCCUGCUAUGUGUGGGCACGGCCCCCUUCUGAAGGAACAGUGAGCAAAGCAGCGUAGAAUUAGGGACAGUCUCUUGUCCUCAUAGCUUCUUCCAUAACUUCUUUUCUCUUUUGUCCUCCUUUUUGUUUUAUACUUAUUUUUUGGUUUGCUUUAAAAAAAUCUUCCUCUAUGGCCUUUGUGUUUAUUUUUUUCUGUUUCUUUCUUUUUGUCUCUCUUCUUGUCAUUGCUUUCUAUUUCUUACCUACAUUGCUGUUUUUCUCCCUGGCACUCUGUGUGUGUCUGUUUUCCCAUGUUCUGGGGUGCUGUCUCAUUUUUUCAGGCUUAGUCUCCUUCCUAACCUCUCCUUUCAUGUGGAAGUGGACAGGGAUGACAGGAGGCUUGAGCGCCCUUGGCAACAUCAUCGAAAUUGGUGCUGAUGAUUGGCUGACCUUUGGAGAAGGCAGGCAGGGCUGAGUGAGAGGUGAGUUCCUUGGAAGUCACGGGCUCUGUAGAGACAGCAAAGACCUCUUUGUCCCUUCCUCCAGAAGCCUCUGCCCAAAGAAGGACAGCAGUUCUGGGGGAUUCUGCGUUGGCCCUGCUGCUGAGAUGGAUGUUCCAGUGCUGUUGCUAGCCAGCAACUUCAGAAAACUGGGUUUCCUUAGGCCUGAGCCCUGAUUUGAGAAAGAAGCCCCCCAGUUUUUAGCUCAACAAUAAGGAGUUUCGUUGCCACUGUUUCUAUGGUUGCAGAACCCCAGCACAGGUGUUUAAGAGCCACACGCCACACCUGCGGGGGUGAGGGAGGGUUCUUCUUAAAUUGGGUCCUGUGAACCCUCCUUGUGGGGCUGUGUGUGUCACAAGGCCUGGAACAACCGGCUCAGCACUGAGGCCCCAUGGAGUUGGAUGUUCCUCAUAGACUUUUUAGAGUUUGUCCUUUAUUGAGUGUUUAUUGCAUGUCAGGUACUGUAUGGUAUAGCCUCCCCAUGUCACAGAUGAGGAAACAGGCUCAGAGGGAUGAGCGGCAUGACCAAGAUUACUGAGCACACACAUCGCAGGAUUGGGAGUCAAACUUUGAUAAAUCAGAUGCUAAACCCUUACUCUUAAUUAACAUUGUUGUCUUCCUGAUCUUUUAUAGCAGAGGCUUUCAAACUUUUCGGACUUCAAACCACACUAGGAAAUUCAUUUUACAUGUUCACAUACUAUAUCUAUAACAAUAUUUAUAUAUUUACAAAACAAACUUUUCAUGGCACAAUGUACACCUAUGCAUAAGAGAUAUCCUGAAAAUUUCUAUUCCAUCUUUUCCAUCUCAUUCUAUUCAUGAAAACAUCUAUGUUGAUUCGGAGUCGCUAAUAUAAUUUAAUGACCCACCAGUGCGUUGUGACUGACAUUGGAAAAUAUUGCCUGUGAGACAUGCAAACCCACUUGUCAGAGCUGUGCUCGUGGACAGCGUGUCCUGUCUGCUCUACUGUCGGGGUGUGUGGGGAGGCUGGGGCAGUGCAGAUACUGACUGGAGAGUGGUCUGUAAACACUGGGGUCACCGGAACCCUGAGAAGAGGCUGACUGGAGGGGAGGGGAAUCUGCUAAUUAGGCUUAUGACAGUUUGUGCGUCUCAGACCGGAAACUCUUCUUUCUUGCUGGGGUCAUGGUCACCUUCAAGGUGUCUGCCCUGAGGUCCUGAUCAUCUCUUUCGGGUUUUUAAUAAAAGACUGAAAAAAAUGUUGUGGGUUUUAACAGGCUCACUUGCUUCAAAAUAUAACAUAGGAUCCAGAUGUUUGGAUGUUGGAAGGGAUCUUUGAAGGACUGAGACAGACCUGGAGUGUUUUUCCAACAUCCCUGCCGGUCGUUGUCCGGCCCAGGCUCCCUCCGCCACUUGGCUGAGCUGCCAGCCCAUAGAGGAAGUGGGAGCUCACCGUGUGUCAGACCGCCUGUUCCACUAUUGGACUGCUUUAAAUAUAAUUGGCUGAGACAAAAUCCAAUGCGGUGUAUUAGCUGAGCACCAUCUAUGUACCAGGCCUGGUGCCAAGCACCAGAAAUACAGACUGAUAGUCAUGCUUUCUGUCAUCAACUGCUUGGUGAGUAACAUGGAAUACCUGUUCUCCCAUGUCCACACCACUGCUCCUUCAUUACAGGUCUGUUUGGCUCAUUCAUUUGUUCAUUCAUUCAUUCAACAAGCAUAUACUGAUGAUCUGCUCUGACCAGGCCGAGGACUAAGCCUGAAGAAGGUAUCAUGUCCCCUUCCACCCCCACUGCAAACCUUCUCUUUUUAAGGUUCACCAUCUGUAAUUUCUCUAGUUCUUCAUAUGUUAUAGUAUUUCAAAUCUCUGAGCCACGGAUCUCAGAAACGCUUUAGUUGGUCCUUGGCCUUCUUAAAGUCCUGUAGCACCAGAAUAAUGGGAAUAGAAUACAUUUUUUAAAAAGUUUUAAACCGAAUAUUUUAACUGAAAUUUUUUGGCAGGCUUUUGUAUGCAAAUGACAGUGCAGAACAUUAUAUUUAGGAGACAUUAUUAAAUUAGACACACAUGACACAUGAAUAUGAAAGACUUUCAGUAGAAGAAAAAGAGGGAGUUUAUUCCCUCCGAAUUUGACUGUGGCUCUAAAUUCUCUUCAUGAAUGCAAAGUUCUUUUGUCAUUCUGACUGUUGGGACACUGUUACCAAACCUUGUGGGAAAUAUCAAGUUCCAAAAACAUGGAGGAAACAAAUACUUACUGGGUCCAAUGUGAAUGUUUGGUCCAUAUGAAAAUGACCAGGAAGACUAUUAGAUGAAGGUUAUUUAAUGAUUUGUGGUAAGUCAGUCUCUUCCCAUAAGAUAUAUCCAAAGUUUUUACAUUAAGAGACUUCCAUGGGGAAUGAGCAUUUGAUAGUUUAUCAUUUAAAUUAGGAAGAUACCAUCAGAUUCUGCUUGAAAAGUUCAUCUUUUACUUAAG